AUGGUUCCUCACACUGAGAACAAGGUUCCUCACUCAGAGAACAAGGUUCCCCACUCUGAGUACAAGGUUCCUCACACUGAGGACAAGUUUCCUCACUCUGAGGACAAGGAUCUUCACUCUGAGGACAAGUUUCCGCCCUCUGAAGGCAGGUUCCUCAGAUUGAGGACAAGGUUCCUCGCUCUGAGGACAAGGUUCCUCACUCUGAGGACAAGGUUCCUCACACUAAAGACAAGGUUCCUCGCACUGCGAACAAGGUUUCUCACUCUGAGGACAAGGUUCCUCACUCUCAAGUCAGGUUCCUCACUCUGAGGAAAAGGUUCCUCACACUGAGGACAAGGUUCCUCACUCUGGGGACAAGGUUGCUCACUCUGAGCACAAUGUUCCUCACUCUGAUGAAAACGUUCCUCACACAGAGGACAAGGCUCCUCACUCUGAGGAGAAGGUUCCGCACUCUGAGAAGAAGGCUCAUGACUCUGAGGACAAGGUUCCUCACUCUGAGAACAAAGUUCCUCACUCUGAGGACAAGGUUCCUCACGCUGAGGACAAGGUUCCUCACGCUGAGGACAAGGUUCCUCACUCUGAGGACAAGGUUCUUCACACUGAGGACAGGGUUCCUCACUCUGAGAACAAGGUUCCUCGCACUGAGGACAAGGUUUCUCACACUAAGGACAAGGUUCCUCACUCUGAAAACAAGGCUCCUCACUCUGAGAACAAGGUUCGUCACUGUGAGAACAAGAGUUCCUCAAUCUUAGGACAAGGUUCCUCACACUGAGGACAUGUUUCGUCACACUGACAACAAGGUUCCUCACUCUGAGAACAAGGUUCGUCACUCUAAGCCAAGGUUCCCCACUCUGAGGGCAAGGUUCCUCACACUGAGGACAAGUUUCCUCACUCUGAGGACAAGGAUCUUUACUCUGAGGACAAGGUCCUCACUCUGGGGACAAGGUCCUCUCUCUGACGACAAGUUUUCGCUCUCUGAAGGCAGGUUCCUCAGACUGAGGACAAGGUUCCUCGCCCUGAGGACAAGGUUCCUCACACUAAAGACAAGGUUCCUCACCCUCCGAACAAGGUUCCUCACUCUGAGGACAAGGUUUCUCACUCUGAGGACAAGGUUCCUCACUCUGAAGUCAGGUUCCUCUCUCUGAGGACAAGGUUCCUCACUCUGAAGACAAGGUCCUUCACACUGAGGACAAGGUUCCGAACUCUGAGAAGAAGGUUCAUGACUCUGAGGACAAGGUUCCUCACUCUGAGGACAAGGUUCCUCACUCUGAGGAAAAGGUUCCUCACACUGAGGACAAGGCUCCUCACUCUGAGGACAAGCUUCCUCAGUCUGAGGACAAUGUUCUUCACUCUGAGGACAAGGUUCCUCUCUCUGAGGAAAACGUUCCUCACACUGAGGACAAGGCUCCUCACUCUGAGGACAAGGCUCCUCACUCUGAGGACAAGGUUCCUCACUCUGAGGAGAAGGCUCCUGACUCUGAGCACAAGUUUGCUCACUCUGAAAGCAGGAUCGUCACUCUGAGGACAAGAACCAUCUGUCUGAGGACAAGGUUUCUCAUUCUGAGGACAAGGUGCUUCACACUGAGGACAAGGUUCCUCACACUGAAACAAGGUUCCUCAUUACGAGGACAAGGUUCUUCACUCCGAGGAAAACGUUCCUCACACUGA